CUUUUUUACACGUUUGUAGAAACAACUUCCGAUAAAGAAAUAAUAAUAUUUUUUGAGUGAAUUAUUGAAUUUUGUGAAAUAAUCAAAAUGAAAUACCUUAUUGUAGCAUUGGCAUUUAUUGCCGUUACAUCAGCAGCUCCACAAGGAGGCGACACAACAACACCAAUCCCAAUUCUUAGACAAGAGCAAGAAAUAAACCCAGAUGGAUCAUACAAAUACGCAUAUGAAACAGGAAAUGGAAUAAUUGCAGAAGAAGAAGGACAUAUUGAAAAUGUUGGAGCUGAAAAUGAAGGCAUGGUUGCACGUGGUAAAUACUCAUAUACAUCACCCGAAGGCGAGCUCAUAGAAGUAAUUUGGGAAGCUGAUGAAAAUGGUUUCCGUCCACAAGGUAUGUCGGAAGUUCCAUAACAUUUAUGGACAUUUCUCCAUAUUCGGAAUUGACUUUUUUCAUCUACAAAUUUUAAGGAGUGGAAAUGUCACAGAAUGACUUUUUUUGUGUAGUUUAUGCACAACUGUUUAUUUAUUUUUUUUUCGGCUCAUUGACAUCAGCAGAUGAACAAGUAUCAAUGUCCGUGCUUAUUGUAUAGAUUAAAUGGAUUACCAAUUAAUUUUGGAUCAAAAAUUCAUGCACUGAGCAUUAAAAAUUAAAAGAUGUCAGAUUUAUAAGAGCUUUUCCUGAUCUUUGACAAGUCAUUCUGUAGACCUACCUGAAAUUUUAAAACUGUAACUUAAUUUUAUAUUUUAUUUUAGGCGCUCAUCUCCCAACACCACCACCAAUCCCUCCAGAGAUCCAACGUGCCUUGGAAUAUCUUGCCUCAUUACCACCAACAACAGAGACUCCAAAUAGAAGAGCAUAGACUGUUUAAAACACAAUAGACGUCCAAUUUAAGCCAACAAGAGAACGAUUAUGUAAAUUUUUUUUUCAUUAACUGCCAUAUUUAGAAAUAUUAUACACAUACACAUACAUACUGAUGGUUAAGGAAGGAUAACAAAUGUCAAAGAACCAGAUAACAUGUUCGUGAGAUGCUGAAUAUUAGUUUAGACUUUAUAACACUUUUUAAACUUUUUCACUUUUUUUAUUUUUUUUUAAAUAUUUGCUCAUCGAAAUGUGAACCUUAAAGUUUAGAAGAAGAAGAAAAAAAGAAAUUAUUAUAAAUAUUGUGUAUACGUUAGUGAUAUUGCAGAACAAUCAAAAUGUCUUUUUUCGUAUAGAAAGAUUGAAUAAAAAUAUAUUUGAAAAAACUUAAUUAAA